UUUAAGAUAUUUAUUAAUUAGUAUCUUCAUUUUUUUUAUACUAAGCUUUCCCUCUCAGGCAGGAAGCUAUCGUUAUGCCAAAGAAAGCGGUUAUUCUUACCCUCCCAUUUAUCUUUUAAAUUCGUUGGUAUAGAAAAAGGGAAAACAAGCUUUUCUCAGUCAAUUGAAAGAAAAAAGAAUCAUCAUAAUAAAGAAAUGUCUGCAAAGUUAUCGGCUUGCUUUUUCAGUCAUGGCUUUAGUUGUUUGAGUAACAGUAGUUAUAAAAACACUGUUGAUAAGCAUAAGAAUGUAUAUAUGAGGGUGCUGUUUUUGCCUUCGCGUCAAUUCCUCCCAGCUUAUUGUAAAAUGCGGCAACGUAAUCUCAGUUCAAAUCAUAAAAGGCAACGAAUGAGUAAACCUCCUGAGCGGAUUCCAACGAGUGCAGAGUUGCUGCCGAUUAGGGAUGAGGAAUCUGAACCUGAAAAUUCUUUUCCAAAUGGUGUAGAUGUGGAGCCUUUUGUAAAUCACGAAACUAGUGGAAAAGAUGAUGUUAACACUGUGAUAGAUGUAGAGAAUAUUGCCGAACAGAAUUCGGGCACUCUAUCUGCCUCUGCCGGAGACGUGGAGAGUACCAGUGAACAGAUUAUAAACGGCCUCGUGCUGCCUUCUGUAACAAAAGCUUUGGCCAUAAAUGGAGAGCAGCUCUCAAGUAUGCAACUAGAGGACCUGGUAGGCAUGAUAAAAAAUGCAGAGAGAAAUAUCCUUGUUCUCAAUCAAGCACGGGUUCAUGCGCUAGAAGAUAUUCAUAAAGUUCUUGAUGAGAAGGAGACUUUGCAAGGAGAAAUUAACAUUUUGGAAAUGAGAUUGGCAGAGGCUGAUGCACGGAUUAAAGUUGCUUCUCAAGGAAAGAUACAUGUCGAGUUCCUAGAAAGUCAAUUAGAGAUGUUGCGAAAUGAGUUAACUGACAGGGGUGAGCUUGAACUAUAUGAGAAUCAAAAGAAAUUUUCGAAUGAGGAAUUGCUUUCAACACAUGAUGAUCAUUCUCUUAACAAGGAGGUUGAUUCAUUAAGGACAGAGAAUCUGGCCCUAAAAAAUGAUAUCCAAGCACUUAAGUCUAUGAUUAGCAAUGUCAAGAACACUGAUGAACGCAUGGCAACAUUGGAAAAUGAAUGCUCUUUUCUAGGGUCCUCUGUGAAGGAGUUGGAGUCUAAACUAUUGGUUUCUCAGCAAGACUCUCCAAAAAGUUCUACUCUAAAGGUUGAAUACCAGGAGCUAUGGGAAAAGGUAGAAAAUUUGCAACAGUUGUUCGAUACGGCAACUAAACAGGCUGAUCAAGCCACUUUAGUGUUACAGCAAAACCAGGAUCUUCGAAAGAAGGUUUAUAAACUGGAAAAAUCUCUUGAAGAGGUUAAUGUCCUUAAGGUAUCAUCUGACAAAAUGCAACAAUCAAAUGAACUCAUACAGAAAAAGAUAAAACUACUAGAGGAGCGUCUUCAAAAGUCUGAUCAAGAGAUAUAUUCUUUUGUCCAAUUAUAUCAAGAAUCUCUGGAGGCAUUUCAGGAUACUCUUAAUAGUUUGAAAGAAGAAAGCAAGAAAAGGACAUCAGAUGCACUAGUUGAUGAUAUGCCUCGAGAAUUUUGGAGCCGCUUAUUGCUUACUAUUGAUGGUUGGGUGCUUGAGAAGAAAAUAUCAAACAGUGAUGCAAAGCUUUUGAGAGAACUGGUGUGGAAGAAGGAUCGAUGCAUUCGUGAUGCACAUAUUGCAUGCAAAGAAAAGAAUGAGCGUGAAGUCAUAUCUACAUUUCUCCGGCUUGCAUCCUCACAAGCUAGUCCAGGGUUGUACAUCGUUCAUAUUGCCGCUGAGAUGGCACCAGUUGCUAAGGUUGGUGGUUUGGGAGAUGUUGUGACUGGUCUUGGUAAAACACUGCAGAAGAAAGGACACCUUGUAGAGAUUAUUCUUCCAAAAUAUGAUUGUAUGCAAUAUGACGGCAUUUAUGACUUAAGGGCCUUAGAUGUGACUGUAGAGUCAUAUUUUGAUGGCAAACUAUUUCAAAAUAAAAUUUGGGUUGGUACUGUUGAAGGUCUUCCUGUUUAUUUUAUUGAGCCUCAUCAUCCCAACAAGUUCUUCUGGAGAGGUCAAUAUUAUGGAGAGCAUGAUGAUUUCAAGCGUUUUUCAUUUUUCAGUCGCGCGGCACUCGAGUUUCUUCUUCAAGCUGGCAAGAAACCAGAUAUAAUUCACUGCCAUGAUUGGCAGACAGCUUUUGUUGCACCACUUUAUUGGGACUUGUAUGCUCCAAAAGGUUUAAAUUCAGCUCGAAUAUGUUUUACAUGCCAUAACUUUGAGUACCAAGGGACUGCAUCUGCUUCAGAAUUGGCAUCAUGUGGUCUGGAUGCCCAGGAGUUAAAUAGACCUGAUAGGAUGCAGGAUAACACAGCACAUGACAGUGUCAAUCCUGUUAAGGGUGCAAUUGUGUUCUCUAACAUAGUGACGACAGUAUCACCCACUUAUGCACAAGAAGUCCGAACUGCUGAGGGAGGAAAAGGCCUCCAUUCAACACUGAAUUCUCACUCAAGAAAGUUCAUGGGAAUCUUAAAUGGGAUCGAUACUGAUGCAUGGAAUCCUGCCACCGAUAAUUUUCUCAAAGUGCAGUAUAGUGCUAAUGAUAUGCAAGGGAAAGCAGAAAAUAAAGCUGCAACGAGAAGGAAUCUAGGGCUUUCAUCUGCUGAUGAUCAACGGCCAUUGGUAGGCUGCAUAACAAGAUUGGUGCCACAGAAAGGUGUUCAUCUGAUUAAACAUGCCAUAUAUCGAACACUGGAGAUGGGCGGUCAGUUUGUACUUCUUGGUUCAAGUCCAGUUCUCCACAUUCAGAGGGAAUUUGAGGGUAUAGCAAACCAAUUCCAAAACCACGAACACAUUCGGCUAAUACUAAAAUAUGACGAGUCUCUUUCUCAUGCCAUUUACGCAGCAUCUGACAUGUUCAUCAUCCCAUCUAUUUUUGAACCUUGUGGCCUUACACAGGCCAAAGCUUAACACUCCUCCUUGGGCUGUAUGUAACAAACACCAAUUUUCUUUCUCAAAGUUUCAAAUCUGGUAGCUCCUAAUGGCUUGGUCAGUAUAUCAGCCAGUUGAGUUCCGGCUCGGUUAUUGAUAGAGUGGAUAGAUCUGCCAUUUCUUAAAAUCUCUCUUCUGAUUCAAAAUCGUGGUGUAACGUGUAUCCCCUCCUGUUCUGGUCAUGGAAUAGAUGAAACAAAUCAAAAAAUGGAUUUUUGUUCAAGAAUGAAAUCUUAUUGGAAUUGUCCAGUUUAUCCUUGGGAACGAUAUCACAUCCCGGAUCUGAUGAAAUAGGAUGAAUUGAGACGGCAUUUUGUAAAUACGUAAUCAUCUUGAAUAUAUCAGAGCUAUAAUGAACAAGACUAACUUCCUUUGAUUGCUCAGUCUCUCGAACAAAAUGAAAUUUGAUCUUGAAAUGUUUAGUCUUACCAUGAAAGACUGGAUUUUUGGUUAUGGCAAUUAUUGACUGGUUAUCAACUUUGAUUUUAGUUGGUUCAGCCUGUUCUUCAUUGAGAUCAUACACGAGCUUCCUAAGCCAAAUGACUUAAUUAACAGCUGCAGCAGCUGCAAUGUAUUCUGCCUUAGCUAUGGACUGAGCAAUAGUUUGUUGCUUUUUUGAGCUCUAGCAGAAAACUCCUGAUCCAAGUAUGAAGAAGUAACCAGAGGUGCUCUUCAUGUCAUCGACAGAGCCAGCCCAAUCACUAUCAGAAUAUCCUGCUAGCUUAAGCUCAUUUUCCUUCUCAAACUUAACUCCAUGGCUUAAGGUUUCUUUGACAUAUUUGAGGAUCCUCUUAGCUGCUUUGAAAUAGACCACAUCACAGCAGUGCAUAAAUCUUGACAAAAGAUAACACCAAACAUAAUAUCAACCCUCUCUUGAUUCCCACUGCUACUCAGUUUCUCCCCUUGAGCCACAGGUGUGCUGACUGUUUUGCAAUUUAGCAUGUAAAAUUUAUUGAGAAUCUUCAAAGAAAAGGCAUGUUGGCUAAUGAAAAUGCCUUGAUCAGAUUGAUUCACUUCCAUACCAAGGAAGUAUGUCAUGACUCCCAAGUUUGUCAUUUCAUACACCUCUUGCAUUUGCACUUUAAAUUCACUAAUCAGUUUUUCUUUGCUUCCAGUCACAAGUAAGUCAUCCACAUAGAGAGAAACAAUCAGCAAUGUCUCAUUUUCUGACCUCUUCACAUGAAGUGUAGCUUCACUAACACUUUUCUCAAACCCAAGCCUAGACAAGUAUGUGUCAACCCUGUCAUACCAGGCUCUUGGUGCCUGCUUUAGGCCAUACAGAGCCUUUUUCAACUUAUAGACCUUGUCCUCUUCUCCUAGGAUCUUAAACCCAUCUGGUUGCUCAAUAAAAAUCUCCUCUUUAAGAAAACCAUUCAGAAAUGCUGACUUAACAUCUAACUGGUGAACUUUCCUUUGUUUGUGAGCAGCCAAGGCAAACAGAAGCUUAAUUGUGUCUAGCCUUGCUACUGGAGCAAACGUCUCCAUAAAAUCGAUGCCAUAUUGCUGACUGUAGGCUUUCACCACAAGCCUUGCCUUGUGUUUGUUCAAUGAACCAUCAGCAUUGUACUUGGCUCUAAACACCCACUUGACACCAAUGACCUUUUUGUGAUUAGGUCUGUUCACCAAUUCCCAAGUAUCAUUCUUGUGGAUCAUUUCCAAUUCAGCUUCCAUGGCCUUCUUCCAGUGUUUAUCCUUGGCAGCUUCUUCAAAGUCUGAGGGUUCAACUAUUGCAACAUCAAAUCUUUGGUAGAUAACAAUAGUUCUGGUGUCUUUCACAGGAGCAUCAUCAACAGCUUCAUUGCUUGGCUCUACUUCAACAGGCUCAAAGUUAUAGUUCAUCUGAUCUUCUUCAAUCAAUCUUGCAUCUGCAUCAUUCCAACUCCAAACCUUUUCUUCAUCAAACCUUGCAUAUCUACUCACUAAAAUCUUUUUUGUUGAAGGAUCAAAUAUCGUAUAGCCCUUUUUAGUGCUACUAUAGCCAACAAAGAUUCCUAGAGCAGCUCUUCUUUCAAGUUUGGUCCUCUUUUCUACUGGAAUAUGAGCAUAACACACAGAGCCAAACACUUUCAGGUGUGAAACGAUUGGCUUAAGUCCAUGCCAAGCUUCAAAAGGAGUCUUGUCUUUGACAUUGUGAGUUGGCAGCUUAUUGAGUAGGUAAACUGAGGUAUUGACUACCUCAGCCCAAAAUUUGCUUGGCAGCUUGCUCUGAAAUAACAGACAUUUGGCCAUAUCAAGCACAGUUAUAUUCUUCCUCUCACAUACUCCAUUCUGUUGAGGAGUAUAAACUGUUGUUAGUUAAUGAUGAAUCCCAGUUUGCUCACACAGUUUCUGAAAUCUAUUAGAUAGAUACUCAGUGCCAUUAUCAAUUUUCAAAGCUUUGAUCUUACAAUCAGUCUGGUUUUCAAUUAAGGCUUUGAAUUUGCUGAAUGCUUCAAACACUUCAGAUUUCUGCCUCAAGAAAUAAACCCAACAAAACCUAGUUAAGUCAUCUAUAAAUAGAACAAAAUACUUACUGUCAUUCAAUGAAGAAGUCUUCAUUGGUCCACAAACAUCAUAAUGAACCAAUUCAAGCCUUUCUCGAGCUCUUCAUGCAUUGUUAGCUGGAAAAGGCAAUCUAGCCUGCUUUCCAAGCUGGCAAACUUCACAAACAAUGUCUCUUGGUUCAACUUUUGACAUGUCUUCUACCAAAUUCAGCUUGUGCAACAGAUCAAGUGAUCUAAAAUUGACAUGGCCUAGUCUUCUAUGUCAAAGACCAGUGUUAUCAGCAAGACUGAUGUAAACCUUCUUCUGGAGUUGAUUUACAUCAAGCAUAAAACACCUAUCUAUCAUUGCUACUGUGACUAACUCCUGACCAAGUGAGUUCUUAACAAUGCAGGAGCCAUCUUUAAAGAUCAAAGAAUACCCUUUUUCCACUAACUGACCAACACUAAGCAGAUUCUGAUCUAUGUCAGGCACAAAAAAAACAUCAGAAAUGAUUUUGUUACUUGAACAAGUGUUGAUCACAACAUCUCCUCUUCCUUGAGCUUCAAUCAAAUUGUCAUUACCAAUUCUAAUUUUUGCAUCAAAACUUCUAUCAAGGUCUUUGAACAGCUUCUUAUCAGCUACCAUGUGGUGUGAGCAGCCACUGUCCACUAACCAGUCACAUCUGACUUUGCUUGAGUUUGCAAAGCAAGAAGCUGUGAAAACAUACUCCUUCUGAGCUUGAAAAUCCUUAGCAGCUCGUGCUUGAUGCUAAGAUGGUUCCUUCCCUUUGCUUCUGCAUACUUUCUCAACACGGCCAAAUUGUUUGCAGCUUCUGCACUGAAUGUCUGGCCUGUACCAACAGUACCUCUCCAAAUGUGUGGUCAUCUUGCAGUGAAUGCAUGGUGGGAACACUUUCUUGCCUGCAUCUCUCCUUGUUUUCCCUUUUAUCGAGCCAAGGCUUCUUCCCUUUCAGAUUUGAACCUGAGCCUACUUUGGCCUUUGCCUAGAAAGCUCCUUCAGGAUACUCUUCCUGCCUAUUGAUCCUCCUUUGCUCAAGUGCAUACAGAGAGUUUAUCAGCUCAGACAAUGAGAUAGCUGACAAGUCUUUCGAGUCCUCAAGUGAUGAAAUCUUUGACUCAAACUUCUCAGGGAGAGUGGUGAUGACCUUUUCAACAACUCUGCUCUCACUGAAGUCUUCUCCAAGGAGCCUAAUGCUGUUGACAGUGGCCAUUAUUCUGUCUGAGUACUGCUUGAUAGUCUUUGACUCUUUCAUCUUCAAAUUCUCAAAAUCUCUCGAGAUUAAUCACUUCUUGCUGCCUGGUUUUGUCUAACCCCAUGAACUCCUCCUUCAGUUUCUCCCAUGACUGCUUAGGUGAGUCACAAGCCAUUAUCCUAGUGAAGAUCACAUCUAAUACUCCAUUCUGCAAGCAAGUCAUUGCUUUAUGCUUCUUGGAGCACUCUUCACUGUAUUGCCUCAUCUGAGUAAUGGUGGGAUUGACCCUCAAUGGAGGUGGAUCAACAUCAUUCUCGAUCACAUUCCACAAAUCGUGUGCCUGAAGGUAUGUCCUCAUCUUAACUACCCAAAUGUGGUAGUUCUCUCCAGUAAACACAGGUGGUGGAGGUGGUGUAAAACUCAUUUUGCUGAAACAAACUCAACAGCUUCGAUUUCUCUCUUCUCAAUUUUGUUUUGACAGAAAACAACCAACAACAGAGGUCUUCAAAGAUGACAGGCUCUGAUUACCAUUUGUUGAAACAUUGGCAGCAAACAAAAGGCAAAGUAGCAAAACAAAAAUAGGAUAAUCAAAGCAAAAACAGAAUGAAAACCUUGCAAAAAUGAUAACUGAAAAUUCACCACUUAAUUUUUCAUUGAAAAUUUGAAUAAUAUAUGAGUUACAAAGUAAUGGGCAGUUACCUAAUGACUUAAAUGUUCCCACUAAUACAAGACUAACAUUUGCUUGAAUUACACACAAAAGGUAGCUGACAUAUCAACUAUUACAUCAACUCAAAUCCUGAACUAAUCUUACUAACUUUGUGAACAAAUUACAAAUGAAUUAGACAAAGUUACAUCGGAACAAAAUGAUCAAAACAUAUUGCUGCA